AGUUUUCGGAGCUCUUUCCUUCGCUUUACGAUGACGUUGUCCCUGUUGGACGAUAAAAUCAACACCGGGCUGCAGUAAAUCAAUCCCCGAACCACUCCCAAGUCCCAAAGCCUUUGCUCUGCGUAACCAUAACUCAAUUUCCCGGCGGUUUCAAUAGUCCUCUUUCUCAGGCCGAAACCGAUACCCGUGUGAUGCCGCCCCAGGACCCCGAGCAACAGCGACCACUGUUGGUGGGCUCGGACCAUGAGGAGCAACAAGAGACCGCCUACGACUCGGACGAGAAAGUCCUCAUUGACGGAAUUGAUGAGGACGAGGCUGAAAACUCCGGGUCCGGCUCCGACCGCGUGCCGCCGUUCUCGUGGAAGAAGCUUUGGCUGUUCACGGGGCCUGGGUUCUUGAUGAGCAUAGCGUUCCUGGACCCUGGGAACUUGGAGGGGGAUCUUCAGGCCGGCGCCAUCGCCGGGUACUCGCUGCUGUGGCUGCUUAUGUGGGCCACAGCCAUGGGGCUGUUGGUGCAGCUUCUGGCCGCUCGGCUCGGCGUUGCCACCGGGCGCCACUUGGCCGAGCUCUGCAGGGAAGAGUACCCCGCAUGGGCAAGGCUGGUGCUUUGGGUGAUGGCCGAGUUGGCUCUCAUUGGGGCUGAUAUUCAGGAGGUUAUUGGCAGUGCAAUUGCUAUUAACAUUUUGAGUAAUGGAUUUUUGCCUCUCUGGUCUGGGGUCAUCAUAACCGCUCUUGAUUGUUUUAUCUUCCUAUUACUUGAGAACUACGGUGUAAGGAAAUUGGAAGCCGUCUUUGCUGUUCUCAUUGCGACAAUGGCAGUCUCAUUUGCUUGGAUGUUUGGCGAAGCAAAGCCCAGCGGCAUAGAACUUCUUCUUGGUGUUUUAAUUCCAAAACUGAGCUCCAAAACAAUACAGCAGGCUGUUGGAGUUGUGGGUUGCAUUAUUAUGCCUCACAAUAUUUUCUUGCACUCGGCUCUCGUGCAAUCAAGGGAGAUUGACCAUAGCAAGAAAGGCCGAAUCCAAGAAGCUCUUAAUUACUAUUCUAUUGAGUCAAGUGUUGCCCUUUUUGUGUCAUUCAUUAUCAAUCUCUUUGUUACGACUGUGUUUGCCCAAGGGUUUUAUGGUACAGAAAUAGCCAAUAGCAUUGGCCUUCUAAAUGCAGGGCAGUAUCUUCAAGAAAAAUACGGGGGUGGAUUUUUUCCGAUUUUAUAUAUCUGGGGUAUUGGAUUAUUAGCUGCUGGCCAAAGCAGCACUAUUACUGGUACUUAUGCAGGGCAGUUUAUAAUGGGAGGUUUCCUAAACUUGAGGCUGAAAAAAUGGGUUAGGGCAUUGAUCACUCGUAGCUGCGCAAUUGUCCCAACGAUGAUAGUUGCUCUUGUCUUUGAGACUUCUGAGGGUACAUUAGAUACUUUAAAUGAAUGGCUUAAUGUGCUUCAGUCAGUGCAGAUUCCCUUUGCACAUCCCCUGCUUUGUUUGGUAUCAAAGGAGCAGAUCAUGGGCUCUUUUACAAUCGGUCCUAUACUCAAGAUGGCCGCAUGGCUCGUGGCAGCACUGGUGAUAGUGAUUAAUGGGUAUCUUUUGGUGGACUUCUUCAACUCUGAAGUGAACGGGGUGUUGUUUGGCUCUGUUGUGGGUGUGUUUACAGCUGCAUAUGUUGCAUUUAUAAUUUACCUUGUAUCUCGGGGAGUCACCUUUUCAAGUUGGUGCCGCCAACCCAAGAGUGUUACAGAGGCAGAAAAUUGAGUAACCAAUCUCCAUUGCCGAUUUAAAUUGCAGGGUGUUUAAACAUACAGUGUUAAUAACUGCCAGAUUGAGAAAGUGCUAUCAGACUGCAUUUGCACAGAAGACUUGUCUGAUAAAGCUUGACCCUCAAUCUUUAAACAGAGAUGAGUUGUGUACAAAUGUGAAAUCAGUGGCAUAAUAUUAUGUAUGAUAGAAUUUGUUUAUAUAUUGAAGAAAUCAAGGCCGCAGGAGCCUGCUUUUGAGGCUAUGUGGCAUUUAGCUGUA